AUGAAGGUAGUAGGCCUGAUCUCCGGCGGAAAAGACAGUCUCUACAACUUGUAUCUGGCCAAAAAGAAUGGUCAUGAGCUGGUAUGUCUUGCCAACCUUCACCCUCCCCCGGGCGAAUCAGAAAUCGACUCUUACAUGUAUCAGUCAGUCGGAGCCGAAGGAAUCAAAGCCAUGGCCGCCGCCCUUCAAUUGCCAUUGUACAGAAAAGAAAUUAAGGGAAAACCGAUGAACACGACCAAUGAAUACCGUGAACUACAAGGUGACGAGGUUGAGGACUUGUUUUGUCUACUCAGCACGAUUCAGAAUCAGAACCCGGAGAUUGAAGGUAAGGUUUUUAAUUUUUUUUUGGAUUUUAGGAAGCAAAAGUGAUUGGAAUGGUAGAUUAUGGAGCUUAUAAUUAUUAUAAGGGUUAUCAAUAACUAUUUAUGAUGAACUAGAUAACUCUUGCAUUUUCAGCCGUUUCAUGUGGAGCCAUCCUGAGUCAGUAUCAAAAAUCUCGUCUGGACAAUGUUUGUCAACGAUUAGGCCUAAAAACCUUGUGUUAUUUGUGGGGCAGAGACCAAGCCGAACUUCUGGAUGACAUGAUACAAGAUGGCAUCGAUGCGAUCAUCAUCAAGGUAGCUUCAGCUGGUUUAACCACCAAACAUCUUGGCAUGACUCUCAAAGAAGUAUGUGUUUCUUUUUUCUGAUUUUUGAAGUUUUAGAGACGAUUAAUUAGAUUUAGCUCAUUUGAAUAGCUAUAAUAUACGUUAUUCUUGACUUUCUUAGUCAAAAGUAACAAAUUAUAAAGGAGAGCACUAUAAUAUCGUUAUACAUACUGUACCUAAAGCCAUUUUUUACAAAACUCCUUGUUUCAGGCCAAAGAACCAUUGCACGAAGCCAACAAGAAGUAUGGUGCCCAUAUUUGUGGCGAAGGUGGAGAAUAUGAAACCUAUGUCAUCGACUCGCCCCUCCAUGAAUCCCGGAUCUCAGUGGACCUUUGUGAAGCGGUCCUGCACGCGGAUAACGCCGUCCAACCCGUCGCUUACCUCAAGCUCAGCAAAGUGACGCUAAUCUCAAAGUAUAACGAUGGUUACUCUUCUUCUGAUAGCAAACCGCCUAGUCAGACGGGCGAAAAGGAUGGGUAGACCGGCCUGGGAUUGAAAAAGAAAAUUUUGGUUUUGAUGAAUGAAAAAUUUCUUUUAAAAUUUUGAUUAAUUUACCAUAAAAUGAUAAAAAAGAUUUUAUAAGGCCAGAAAUGAAGCCAGACAAAACGUCUGGCGUCAGUCCAAGGUCACUCUGCCCAUCUUUUUGCUAUAUUAAUGUGCCACAAAAGUCUUGUCGUUUUUAAAGCUGCAAACCUUAUCCAUUUGACGACAAUACUUUUGUUUCACCUUAAUCUUCAAAUAUAUAUCAUGAACUUGAUAUAUACUUGACUAUAUUAUCUAUAUAACACGAUAUAUAUUUAUAUAAUCUUAAUAACAUUUAUCUAACACUAAGUUGUCCAGCUUAUAUUGUUCUUCUUCAGAAACUCAACCGUGUCUGAUAAUCAGCCUGAUGACCCGUCUCCGUCUAAGACCGUGUCCUCGCAACGCCCUCUCCAACUGCCCAAACUCCCCACCGGACAGUCCAGCGGCGGUGGCGGAGGAUGCUCGGCGGCCUCGUCUCAAGGCUAA